GCCACUAUUUCCCACUUAGCCACAGCUCCAGCAUCCUCUCUGAGGGCUGUUCACCAACUGUACAACCACCAUUUCACUGUGGACAUUACUCCCUCUUACAGAUAUGGGAGACAUGGGCGAUCCACCAAAAAAAAAACGUCUGAUUUCCCUAUGUGUUGGUUGCGGCAAUCAAAUUCACGAUCAGUAUAUUCUGAGGGUUUCUCCGGAUUUGGAAUGGCAUGCGGCAUGUUUGAAAUGUGCAGAGUGUAAUCAGUAUUUGGACGAGAGCUGUACCUGCUUUGUUAGAGAUGGGAAAACCUACUGUAAAAGGGAUUAUAUCAGGUUGUACGGGAUCAAAUGCGCCAAGUGCAGCAUUGGCUUCAGCAAGAACGACUUCGUGAUGCGCGCCCGCUCCAAGGUGUACCACAUCGAGUGUUUCCGCUGCGUGGCUUGCAGCCGUCAGCUCAUCCCUGGGGAUGAGUUCGCGCUUCGGGAGGACGGGCUCUUCUGCCGUGCAGACCACGACGUGGUGGAGAGGGCCAGCCUGGGCGCCGGUGAUCCGCUCAGCCCUCUGCACCCGGCGCGGCCGCUGCAAAUGGCAGCCGAGCCCAUCUCUGCCCGGCAGCCGGCCCUGCGGCCCCAUGUGCACAAGCAGCCCGAGAAGACCACCCGCGUUCGGACUGUGCUGAACGAGAAGCAGCUGCACACCUUGCGGACCUGCUAUGCCGCCAACCCCCGGCCAGACGCGCUCAUGAAGGAGCAACUGGUGGAGAUGACAGGCCUCAGUCCCCGCGUGAUCCGGGUCUGGUUUCAAAACAAGCGGUGCAAGGACAAGAAGCGGAGCAUCAUGAUGAAGCAGCUCCAGCAGCAGCAGCCCAAUGACAAAACUAAUAUCCAGGGGAUGACAGGAACUCCCAUGGUGGCUGCCAGUCCAGAGAGACACGAUGGUGGCUUACAGGCAAACCCAGUGGAGGUGCAAAGUUACCAGCCGCCUUGGAAAGUACUGAGUGACUUCGCCUUGCAGAGUGACAUAGAUCAGCCUGCUUUUCAGCAACUGGUGAAUUUUUCAGAAGGAGGACCGGGCUCUAAUUCCACUGGCAGUGAAGUGGCGUCGAUGUCCUCUCAGCUCCCAGAUACACCUAACAGCAUGGUAGCCAGUCCUAUUGAGGCAUGAGGAACAUUCAUUCAGAUGUAUUUUUUUUCCCUGUUGGAGAAAGUGGGAAAGUAUAAUGUUGAACUCCGAAACAAAAGUAUUUAACGACCCAGUCAAUGAAAACUGAAUCGAGAAAUGAAUGCUCCAUGAAAUGCACGAAGUCUGUUUUAAUGACAAGGUGAUAUGGUAGCAACACUGUGAAGACAAUCAUGGGAUUUUACUAGAAUUAAACAACAAACAAAACCCAAACCCAACAUACGCUAUCCAAUGACCUUAGGAGUACUGAAAAAAAAAAAGACGUUUUUAAAACGUAGAGGAUUUAUAUUCAAGGAUCUCAAAAAAAGCAUUUUCAUUUCACUGCACAGCUAGAGAAAAGCAGAAAUACAGAUUUUCUAGUCCAUCCUAUUCUGAAUGGUGCUGUUUCUAUAUUGGUCAUUGCCUUGCCAAACAGGAGCUCCGGCAAGUGAGCAGGAAGAGAAAACUGGCCUCUUUGGCUGAAAGUCCUUUCAGGAAGGUGGAGCUGCGUUGGUUUGCGAUGUUUUUCGUUGACUUUAACAAGGGGUUAAUUGAAAUCCUGGGUCUCUUAGCAUGUCCAGUAGCUGGUUUCUUUUUUACUUUUGCCCCUCCCCCCUUCUUCUUCUUCUUCUUCUACUUCUUCUUCUUCUUCUUUGCUUUUUUUUUUUUUUUGAGAUCCAUCCUCUAUCAAGAAGUCAGAAGCGACUUUAAAGGUUUUUGAAUUCAAAUUUAAAAACCAACUUAUAAAGCAUUGCAACAAGGUUACCUCUAU